UGAUCAAGGCUGAAAGGCAAGGAUGAUGAUGGUGAAGAUGGGGGGACUGGUGGUCCGUCGUUCUUGAACAACACGGUCUUCACUAAUCUCCGCCUUGAUUCGGGCUCGAUGUUGACUCAGGCCUACAACUACUGAUUUGACUACGUCGACCCAACUACUAACCAACCCCAGCCACACUAAAAAAGGUCCAAGCACGCUGCCCCCAACGCCUCCAUUCUGGUCCUGGUGCCUAUAAUGGUGAUUGGCGUGACCGCCCAUUCCACCCACCCCGUGCCACCCCGUGCCACCCCGUGGUGGUGGUUGAAGUGACUCGCCGGUUCAACGACUGAGGUGACCCAACGGUUGGUUUACCAUUGAGGCCAGGUGUGAGUUCAGCGGAGGGGCCGACGACGGGCGGACAGGUGGGGUGGUCCCCCGAUCGCUUGACACGCCCAUGGGGCUUGAGCUCGGACUUUUGGCGUGAUUUUUCUUGCGUUACGCCGUUCAAUGAAUGGGAAGCGUGAGACUCCAUCAGUGAGUGAAAAUCGGUCUGAGUGACGAGACGAGUGAGACGAGUGAUCAGUGAUCAGUGCUUAGGGGAUAACCCACCCGCCAGAUCUCACCGGCUCACCGGCCAACCCAGCCCGUGGUAUCAUUAUCCCUGGGCGGCAUGCAUCGGGUCCCAUCCCAGCGUCGGGGUACGACCUCGCCCUCUGGCGCUUUGGGUUCGGCCCGUGGGCCCACCCAGCCGCCACAUCAUCUUCAAUCAGCCGAGCAAUACGCUUAUAAACAGGCGAAACAGAGGGCGUCAAUCAAGUGGCUUUUGUCGAAAGCCUACAGCCACAAAACCCCACCGGAGCUUUCAGAGCCCUUCUACAAAGACCACGAUGAUGUGGACCAUCUCAAGCCCCACAUUGUCCAUGCGUUGGCCAAUGCGGAGCUGUAUUGCAUGGCACUUAGCAUUUUGUACAGUGACCCUAACUAUCAUAACCUCAACCAUUGGGGCAUCAUUCAAGCCUUGGCCCGGAAGGGAAUCUACGUGGCUGAGCCCGCCGAUUGCGCUCUCACCGAGACCGUUCUCAUUCAAACCAAUCCGCUGAAAAUGUCUGCUCAUAUGGCCGUGACGGAGGCUGUGAUGGGCUUGGUGCUGAAAGAAACCGUCAACGUCGAUAAGGUGAAGGGCGUGAUUCAGAGGCUGGAAAAGGCCUUUGGUCUGGAAGAACAGGAGCUCACAAGUGAGCGAGCUGUGCCCACUGAUCAGGAGGAGGCCUUGGUUCUGUGGGUGAACGCUUGUUGCGAAGUCGCGAGAAAACAGUCCGAGGAACAACUCGGAGGAGAGGAUCACAGCACCCCUCCCAAGUUUCCCAAAGUCCAGGAUUUGUCGGACCUGUCGGAUGGUGUGGGAUUGGCUGUCGUGAUUUCGCUGUACUGUCCAGAUGAGUUGGCUUGGACGGAGAUUGCUUUGGGUGAUCCACCUUCGAUGGCCGACUCUUUGUAUAACAUCCAGUUAGUCCAACGCUUCUGUCAAUCCACGCCCUCUUUCAACCAUUGCCAUCUGAGCAUUGAAGACUUUGUCUAUCUCCAUGCCUCGAUCAAGCAAAACGUGAUUUGCUUUAUGGCUGACCUUUUCAACAUCCUAGAGGUCAAGCCCAUCCGACCCGCCAAAGUACCAGGGGUGCCAAAGAACCAAGUCAUUGAAGUGCCAGACCCAGCCCUGGGACAGCCGUCGUCUCAAAGGGGAUUCCUGGGCUACAGAGGGCUUUCACAGGCCUCAGGGGGGAUCAUACCCCAUCUCAGGCCCUCUUUGGACUCUGCAGAGCCAACUGGCUUGCGAACAGAUAUACAUCGUGCCAAAUCUCCUCAUGUGAUUCGGCGUCAAGCGAGUAGCCAACCAGAAAAGAAUGAGCCCUCCUCGGACUCGACGUUUGUGGUUCAAAGAGGCAGGACCGUGCCGACUCUGUCGUCGGUAGCCAGGUCUGGCUCGCCCACGCUUGAGAAGGAGCAUCUCAACACCGACACCAAGAGCGAAGAGCGAGGCGAGGCCGAGGCCAGUGGGGAGGACACGCCUCGAGGAGGCCAUCGCAAUGGGAGUGUGUUCGAUCAGAUGCGAAGCAUCCCGGUAGCUGGACGGCCGAGCACUCAAGAAUCGCCCACCCGAGGCUACAAGGGCAUCGCUGGACGGCGAUCCCGCCGCAAUUCCGUCGAUGAGAACACGUCGCAAUUGUCGUUGGAGAAUCUGGGCGGAUCCCAAGACAACAUCCAUCUGCUCAGCCGCAACCCGGAUAAAGAGAUGAAGACGCACUCAGGUCGAAUCGGUCCGGACAACAACCGCUAUGUGGACAAUCGGGAAGUCGAAGAACUCGAAAAGCAUGCCCGCGAAGCCGUGGGAGAGAAAUCCGCCGCUUUGUUAGAGUCCAAGGUCAGUUUUGCGGACUUGAGGAAGCAGAAGGCCCGAGAUCAGUUCCAUUCGUCCGGGAUCAAUAUCACUUAUAUGCACGACGAGAAAGAGGAUCUGCCCAAGCAGCGACGACCCUCGUCUUCCUCGACCCCACUCCAAAGGUCAAACAGUCAGAAAGAGAAUCCCAAUCCCGGAAUGACCUCCUGGAGCAAUCCUGGUGCCAAUCAAAUGGGUCAAAUCGGUGGUCAAUCAAGUCAUGACGAUUCCUCUUCCUCGCCAGAUGCCAUGGCCAGCCAGCUCAAUAAUGUUCGCAUGAAGUUGGAGCAACGGAGAAAAAAGAUCGAGGAAGAAAAAAAGAAAAUGGAGUCCAUCAUGUCCAAGCAACGAGAAAAGGUCGGACAAGAAGCCUUCUUGAGGGCCGUAGGAGUCAAGACUUCUAGUAGUACUUCGAAAUCGGACAAGUCCCAGAGCUCUGUAGGUGCGCCGCCCUCUCAGGGUGGAGCCACUAACAAGAAGGCGGACCCUAAAUCAACCCCUAAACGUCCUGUUACAUUUAAGGACCUCACGGAUGAUAUUUCAGCCGUUCAAUCUCGUUGGCUGAGUAACCGUGGAAAUAAGUUUGGAGACCCAGCAAGCUCAGUGCGUACUCCUGACAUUGAAAAUAUGGACAUGGAUACAUACACCAAGAGUCUCCAUGCCAUGAACGACUCGUUGCAUGAACUUCAAACCGACAUUCACCGUCUUGCCUCUCAACAGACUCAGAUACAACACAUGAUGCAUCAACCUGGCGGUCGUCAGGACUCGUCGGCCUCCAGGCAUCCCAUGGAUCCCCAGCCGUUCUAUAUUGCCCACGAGGCCCAACAAGGACCUCCAAGGCGAACUUGGGGCCAGCCCCAACCCAUCAAUUUUGCCCAUCAAGGGAGUGGCAUGGGAGACCAGGGCCAUGGGGGCUGGCAGUCCCCACAGAGGCAACAAUGGGGCCAAAGGCCCAUGGGAAACCCAGGAGGCUUCGGAUAUGGGCCACCCAGCUCCCAGUAUAACGAUCCCUAUGGUCAGCCUUACCAGAUGCAGAACCCCAUGUACAAUGGAAACCCUCCGUAUGAUCAGCCCUAUGGUGGCUAUGGGGGAAUGCCUCCUCCCACCCAGAGUUUUACCCCCGGACCCAAUGGCUAUGGCCCAGGUCCCUACGGCAAUACCUCUUUCAUGUCUCCUCCUCAAUCAAACAUGGUCAACCCAAUGGGUGUAGGUGCUUCCCCAUCUCGAGUCACGCCUUUCCGCUUGCAUGACAAAGUGGGUAGCUCAGGUGCCGGGAAUCCACAUGGAUCCCCCAUGCCAGUCAACAAUAGCGCUCUGUCCCGGAAUCCCCCAUAUGGGACUAAUGCUGCAACUCUGGGCUCACCUAUGAGAGGGGCUGAUCCUGCGGUGGCUUUAGCCCAUGGUUUAGGAAGUAGCCAAUCUCUAUCUCGUCAAACGUCCCGAGACUCGGUAAAUGGGAUGCCCGGACUUGGACAUCACCAGCCAAUGUCUCCGCCCCUGGGAGAAAGUGCGCGACGACUUCAUACGAGUGUCCCAGCUCCUGAAGAAGACGAUAUGGCACCGCAGAAUAUCUCCUUCAUUGAGGACACUUCUCAUGAUGAAGGAGAUCGCCGAAGUUCCUCGCCAGUCGAUGCGUUGAAGCGAUUGCCAGAACGUCUGUCCCAGCUCAACAUUUCUUCCGGGAGCAAAACGUACCGCGUCCACUCAUCGCCCGAUAAAGAUCCCUCUCCUUCACCCACUCGGAAUCGGCCCACCAUUUCUUCCACCUUCAAGCAAGCUCGGCGUAGUUCUGGGGGAGAAAACCCUUUGACCAGCUCCGGCCCGUCUUCCAUUCGAUCCAACACAGGCCAAAGUGGCUUGACGGAAGAAGAGGCAGAAACUUUGUCCCAAAUGAAGACAGAACGUCUCAAAGACGGGGCGGAGGCCGCCAAAGGAUUCGUUAUCACCUUUGAAGACGACACGCCCAAGAAGCCCAAGCCUCAAUUGAAGCAACGGAGACCCUCGAGCAAACGGAAUAGCAUGGUUUUCAUGGGGAACGAAUUGAAUUCAGAUGGAAGCAAUAGUUCGAGGAAAGAAAAUGUUCCGCCUGAGGUGAUGAUCUGCAUCGAUAUGAACAUGGGUGCUGGGGAUGAUGGUCCGAAUUCCGGAGGUUCCACUUUCCGCAAAUACUCACCAGGCCAUCGUAAUGGAGGCUCUCCCACUAGAAAUAGUAUGGAUUCCAGCCAUUGGAAGUCGUAUGAAAACGACCAUUCCACCACAGAGACGCUUAGGCCGGCCAUUCCCCGCUUUGACAUUGACCCAGACGUUCCGUUGGAGACAAUGGUGGCCCUUCAAGGCACUAGCGAAUCUGAGUCGGAUGGGCAAGGUAAGACCAAGGCCCUUCUGAUUGGCGAUGAACUCCUCAAGAACGAUCCGGUGGCUCAAGACGAGAUGCAAAAGAAGAAAGAGCGCAUCAUGAUGCAGAGCCUGCGGCGCAAACAACAAGCCGAAGAAAACCGAAUUAAGGCUGAAGAAGAGGCCCGGGCCCGACGGGAAGAGGAGAGUCAAAAGGAAGAAGAAAAGCUCCGAAAGAAAGAAGAGGAAAAGGCGCGGCGAGACGCCAUUCUCGAGCAGCAUCGUCUCAAGAAAGAAAUGGAGAAAGCAGAAGAAGAGGGUCGCUAUAUGCCCAAACCGGUUAGCGCCCGACCCGUGCCCAAACUAAGAUCUGCCAGCACCAUGGGUCGACGACCUAGGCCCAAAACAAUUCAUGUGGAUCAAGACGCCGAUCUGAAUCAUGCCCUUGGAUCAAAUCGAGGAUCUCGAGGUUCCACUUCAAACAUGUCAGGUCUUCCCCGAAGUGAGUCCAGGAACUCCAUCAAUGACCUCCACGAUGGCCCUGCGACCCCUAGUCGUCAUCAUUUGGGUCUGUCUGCCAUGGGUACUGGUCGCUCCAACCGCCCAGUUUCUCGACCCACGUCCAGGCCCCCGUCCAGGCCGGCUUCGAGGGGCCCAUCUCGUCGCGGAUCCACUCAGUAUCUCAACGAGGAGCCCUCCAAUGCAAAUUUACCACCCUCCGGUAUGACAUCCAGGACAAUGGAUUGGGCCGCUCGGCAAGCCGCAGCCGCCCGCAGGAGGCAGUCCCAAGCCCAUGACGAAUCCCCCCGCGUGUCCCGACUUGACAGGAACACCCGAUCUGUGUCCCAGCCACGUGGAAAGCGGGACUCCAGUGUCUCGUCGGCCUAUGGAGGAGAACGUGAUUUCAGAGGCUCCCGGGAAAGCUUAGCCUCAGGGUUGACGUAUAACCCGAGACGGGGUUCCAACGCUUCCAUCUACGAGGAAACUGAUUACUACUACGGUGGCUCAAUGCGUGAUCUAAGCGGGCGAACCACUGGUCGGCGAAAGUCGUCCAGUGCCAGCCACCUAGACCUCGGCUCCUACCGGGCUGCCACUUCCAACUCUUCAGCCCGGAGCGGGGCAGCCGCACUGGGUUCUCUCCGCUCACUCUCUCACUUCAACUCACUAAAAAGGGGCGGAGGAACCGGCCCAUUUGCCGGUUCCACCUCUGCAGCCCAUCACCCGCAUCAGUCGCAUGCACUGGCCAAAUCCAGGUCGUUUGCUAACUUGUGUGGACACGAGCUCUCGCAUUUGACCAGUUCACCCUUGGCUGACUCUGGGCGCGGCACUUCAGUCACGCCCACGUCAGUGUCGCCCAAGGAAGGUGCUCCUACCGGUCCAGGACCAGGAUCUUUGCCAGGAUAUCGUCGACGGGCGGAGUUUGACGAUGGCGCCUCCGACAUUUCCUCUGCUUCCGGAUUUUCAGCCUUUGGCUUUCGCUCGGGCACGCGAUUGUAUCGGGAACCUACGAGCAAGUCCAAUCGAACCAUUGUGCUCAACGCCAUUGAAUACGUUGUGUUCCCUGGGGCUGUCAAUCGGGACACUCGGGAGCGAGUCCUUGAUGUCAUCGACCGAUGCGAUUGCCCCCAUUUCCUGCUCUUGUUCCGUGACCAGAAAUGCCAAUUCAGAGGGCUCUAUGCCUACUUUCCCGACACUGAAGAGGUUUACAAGAUCUAUGGCACCGGACCCAAGCAGGUUACCAGUAAAAUGUUCGACCACUUCUUCAAGUAUAAUUCGGGGGGCAAGAAGUUCACCAAGAUCCACACCAAGAGCUUGACGGUUACCAUAGAUGCGUUCACCAUCCACAACAGCCUUUGGCUGGGAAAGAAGGCCAAACUACCUGACAAGCAGAGCAUGGCACUCGUGGUUUGAGGCGGAAGAGGCUCACUGCAAUGGAUGAUCUGGUCAAACUACUCACUCGCAGAACAGGGACAACAAUAAGCGUAAAUUCAUUCUGUUGCAAACUCUAAUCCCCAUGGAGCUUCUGAGAGCCGCCCGGCGGUGGAUCUCGCCCCUCUCUGUCAACUUCUCACUUGAACAAUCAACCCCUAAAGUGUCAUAUACUCGUACGUGCCUCGUCUGAUUUGUGAUUGUUAUUCUUCGAAAGUAGUAUGUAUAUCUCUUCAUACCCGAUAACUCACCACUGGAGAAACAUGAAACACUAACUAACGCAUUUCCCGGCAUGCAUUUGAGCCCGUCAUCUAGAAAAGUAUGGCAGUACGAUUUCGUAAUGUAGAUCGAAUAUACUUCAGCCAGAAUGCUAGCCAAUCAGUCCCCUCCUCUGGGCGGUCCACCACAACUUCCGCCAAAUUCAGCCCUAACCAAAAACCCGCUGAGAUGAUCCUUAACAAAAAUUGAUACGAUCCCACAUACUACCACCACAAAGUACUACAUGACUUCUAAUCCGAUAACAAUGAUGAUGAGCUUAACCCCUCUUGUGAUAUCAAGGCUUCUUUUUUCUUUGACCUCGUUCAAAUUAAGUUACUAUUGACUGGCGCUACCAUUCCCGACAUUAAAAGCAGUAACAUUUUCGGACGGACCAGUAAUGUGUGGAGCUAGUUGUCGAGGGGAACACAAAUGGCCGUAGGCUCACUCGAUUUUUGCAGGAAGAGAUGUACUUGGGCCUUUAAUCCGCUGGCAUAAUUUUCCUUAGCGCCCAAUAGCAGCCAUCAUUCACCCCGAUUUUGACGGAUGUUCGAACGAGAAAAAGAAGACACCCUAUCUCCUUCUCAUUAUUAAUUUUGCCAUCUUUUUGGUUAUCCUCAUGCAAGUAUGAAAACCAAGCGUCUCAAAUGAUAGAAUUCUUAUAAAUAAAAUAACAAUUAAACCUGAUAAUAAAAAUGUAUGAAUCAA